UUUAGCUUCAGGGCCCGGCAGCAGAGCGACAGAGGGGCGACGGUGUGAGAGCGCUGCCUUGCUCUCUGCGCUGCCUCUCCGCUUCUGCGCCUCCUCUGCCUCUCUGCCGUGGUUCGCGCGCCUGCGCCUUCCCCGCACCCUUCCCCUCCUCCCUCUCCCUCUCCCUUCCCUCCGCGUGCGCGAGCCUCAAGCCCGCCAUGAAGCUGCCCACGCGCCUCGCGCUCGUGUAUGCGCCGCUGCUCCUCACGCUGGCCAGCUUCGUGCUGCAGGUCAUCGUCAGCGUCGGCCUGCCGCGCAUCCUCUCGGUCGACUUCCUCCGCUUCGACCUCUCCUUCUACCAGUUCUCCAUCUUUGGCAUCUGGAGCAUCUGCACCGGCACGCCCGCCGAGACGCUCUUCGACGGCACGGUGCUCACGCCCGCCGGCUUCAACUGCGCGCCCACCAGCCUCGGCUGGACGGCGAGCAACUACAGCAGCAUCACAGACGAGUUCUUCAACGCCGGCCUGGCCAAGGCGCUCGUGCUGCACCCCGUCGCCGCCGCACUCACCUUCCUGACGCUGCCCGCUCUGCUCUGGGCUCUGCGUCGUCCUCGCCGCCUGGCGCCUCUCGUCUCGCUCUUUUCGACCUUCAUCACGCUCAUUGCCUACAUCAUCGACCUUGCUCUCUUCGUUCCGGCGCACAUGCGUCUCAACGGCUCCAACGCCCAAGAGACGCUGGGCCAGGCGGUGAUGGACGUGCGCUACGGCGCCGCCUUCUGGCUCGCGCUCGUCGCCACCGUCUGCAGCGUGCUCGCUUCGCUCGGCGUGUGCGCCGCGCACCGCGUGCGCCGCCGCGAGGGCGACUGGACGUACGAGAGCCAGCAGAUCAUCACGAGCUCCGACCGCCCGCCGUCGCGCUCGCUCGUCGACGAGAAGGCCGGCCACAGUCGCGCCGCGAGCCGCUCGUCGACGGCCACGCCCGUCUCGGCCACCUCGGCCUCCAAGUCGGACGGCGAGGAGAUCGACUACGGUCGCCGUGGCCGCCGUCGUGCCGAGCAGCACAAGCUCGAUUAGGUGCUCCAGCGCCCAUGCUGCCUCUGCUCUCUGCUCCCUCACGCUCUUUCACCGCGCCUGCACCGGCUGCCCGCCCCCCUUACUGUACCUGUACCUAUUCACCCCUUUGCAACGACUCUUGCCAUCAA